AGAUGAUAACAUUAGUAGGCUGGCGUAAAUGUGGUUGGUGUAGGAACACAACAGUUUACAACAGAUAGCCCCUUCAUUCUCGAUCGGAAAACGGUUCGGUUUCGUACCGCAAAUUCCUUUCUCUUGCUACGAGCAAUGUAGGCUGAUGAAACGGAACAGACGGCAAAAACUUCGUAAAACUACACAUUAUACUACAUGGACAAAGACAAGUUCGCUGUGAGCCAUGACCCAUGCUCCUGGUUGGAGAUGCACCAGUUCAUUGGAGACCUGAUGGUGUCUGGGGGGGCUCUGGGGCUAAAAGACGCCCCACCAGCAGGCCCAGGCUCAGCCCCAGGCUCAGCCCAGCCCAGACAGGUCCAGGUCCAGGUCCAGGCCCAGGCAGAGAGCAUUAGAGAGGCCAGAGACAUCAGUGGACAAACUCAGCACCAUACCUGCACUUGCCCUGGCUGCCCCUACUCUUCCUCAUCUUCCUCCUUCCAGACCAUAAAGCCCAGCAGCACCUACAGCCCAGAGCUCAGUCAGCCCCAGAGUCAGGCUAAGGAGACCAGCACCCAGAGCCCCAGCCUAGCCCCUACCACUCUCACUACCCAGGGUACUUCUUCACCAAGUCCCCUGCCCCAAAUCCCCACCUUCCCUUGUUUCUGCUGCCGCCGGGGCUUCCAGACCUGCACCCAGCUACAGCACCACCAACAGGGGGCAGCAGACUUUCCCUUCUCCCAGACACACACCUACUACCACCACCACUGCCCCCUUACCAUCUGCCUGCCCCACCACCACUCCCACCCUGGCCUGUCCCCUGGCGCCUUCCCCUGCCUGUCCUGCCAGCAUUCCUUCCCCUCCUGCUCCCAGCUCUUCCACGAGCAUCAGGGCCACACCCCCCCCCAGAACCAUGUUGGAGGGGUGACCAUAGUGUCCCCUACCCUACACCCAUGCAUGCACUGUCCAGCCUCCUUCCCCCGACCCUCUCAGCUGCUACAGCACCAGCGCACCCAGCACGCUCACAAGGCUGGCGGCUUCCUGUGCACUGAGUGCGGGCGCGCCUUCAACUCCCACUCCAACCUCCGUAUCCACCUCAACGUACACACCGGCGCCCGGCCCUACUCAUGCCCUGACUGCGGCAAGAGUUUCAGCCAGUCGGGAGCGUUGAAGAUCCACCGUCGCAUCCACACUGGGGAGAGACCCUAUACCUGCACCUACUGUGGGAGGGGCUUCCCUCACCUGGCCGGGGUCCGGGCCCACCAAAGGACCCACACAGGUGAGAAGCCCUACCGCUGCACCCAGUGUGAGAAGUGCUUCACUCAGUCGGGGGCACUGAAGAUCCACACAAGGAUCCACACCGGGGAACGACCGUUUGUGUGCAGCCUCUGUGGGAAGGGCUUCUCCAACCGCUCCGGCAUCCGCUUCCACCAGCGCACUGUCCAUGGGAUGGGGUCGAAUAUGGGAGGGGGUGGAGGAGCCGGUGGGUCCCAUAGGGGGAGACAGAGUCUAGGCAGCUCAGCUGCUGUGGGACGCCCCAGUGCCAAUCCAAACAGGUUACACAACAACCCCCAUACUGAUGUGACCUCCAGCAUUACUCCUGCCCCGACAAAAAUCCUUUCGCCUGGGUCUCUCCUUGCUCCUCCAGGGUCAGGUCUGACUGUAACCUCAGACAAAGAGCUCCAGUUCCAGUCUAGCGGUGUGAAGAUCCCCUCAAGGAGAGCAGAACCAGGCAGUAGGGAAGGAAGGGCUCAGCUGUACACCUGUGAGGACUGUGGGCUACUUUUUGGGGACGCUCCCUCCAGAAACCGACACCAAACUGUAGUGCACUACUCUACAGAAGGGGUAGAGGAGGAGGGCCUGGGGGACACUGGGGGGGAGGGGUAAGGGAGAUGGUAGAUGGAAGCUUGAUGCAGUACAUCGUUGGAUCAAAGGCUAAGGGAGAGGUGGGUGAAAAUGGAAAGGUGAGAAGAGGCAGAAAGCUUGAGACUCAUCGAGGAAAAAUAAUAUGUAAAUGCAUGGUGGUGAAGGGAGGUGAGAAGAAAGUUAAUUCCACAGUGAACAAUAAACUCUAUCAAUGGGAUAUAUUACUUAUUUGAGAUUGAAUUUCCACUUUAAAAGAUGCACAAAUUUUCACAUUUUGGGAGUCCAAUUUCUGUUAGAUCAUUCAUGUACAUAAAAAAAUACAUAUUUCCAUAAACCACACUGUACUAAACUUCAUAACCACUGAUAUGUUAAAGUGGUUUAGUGAUUUUAUUCAGGAUCAAUAUCUUCACUGUUGGAAGAUGAGCUCUUAUACAAAGUAUUUUUUUGUCAGGAUCAUUUCUCAGAGACACAUGGUUUGUUGACCUGGUUUCUAUUGCUUCAGAUCUCCACCUAGUGGACAUUUAGAAGCAUAGCAGCAGAAACACAGGCACUGAAACCAGUCUAUCUAAGCUACAGGUGUCAAACUCAUUCCACGGAGGUCCGACUGUCUGCGGGUUUUUGCUGCUCCCUUGUCCUUGAUUCAUGAAUUGCGGUCACUAAUUGGUAAGGAACUCCCCACACAUGGUUAUUUCAGGUUUAAUUGAAAGGAAAAACCAAAAACCUGAAGACACUAGGCCCUCCAUGGAAUGAUUUUGACACCCCUUCUCUAGAUCAGUGGUUUCCAAUCAGUGGUACUAGGACCCCUGGGAGUACUUGGCCUAUCCACAGGGGGUACUUGAGAAGACUCAUGAGAUCAUAGGCCUACUGGUAAAAUGCACAUGACGGAGGACGGCUCAUAAUAAUGGCCGGGAUGAAGUCAAUGGAAUGGCAUCAAACGCAUGAAAAUAAUUUGUUUGAUGUAUUUGAUACUAUUCCGCUCCUGCCAUUAUCAUGAGUGUAUCCUCCCAAAUGAAGGUGCCACCAACCUCCUGUGCUUCAGGGGUCCAGCUACUGAAAAGGGUUGGGAAACACAGAUCUACACAUCUGUGUUUCCUCCCACCAUGUUUAAAUGCUACUGUUGCCUAGGGUCUUUCUUUUCAGACACUGAAACUAUUGAAACUUCUGUUUGGCCAACUUCCCUUCUUUGUUAUUCUGUAGCCUCUAGGGAAGUUCAAAAGGCUGAUUGAGGACCUUUUUACUGGAGAUUGUGUUGGUUUUCUAUGAUUGUGUAUUGAUGUGAAUAUUUGUGUAUAUUGAUGUAUAUAGUUUGUAUGUAUACAGGGCUCAUCUGUAAAAGAGACCAUGGUGUCAGCAUGACUACCUGUCAAAAUAUAUUUUAUACAUCCA